AAUAAUUUUAUCUUUCUACUGACACUGAAGGCUAUCUGUCCUCAGACAGUCUUGGGCAACAAAAAGAGAUGACAUGGCUAAUCACCACAAUCACAAACUUUAUUUCUUUGAUCACUUUGGUGUUAUGAUUAGACAGAGGAAUACAAGUGUUUCUGAUGUGGACAGUUUUGCACAAACAAUACCAGAAGGGUGAGAUAAAAUGCUUAAAAGGUUCCUAGUCUGCCACAGAGUUAUGAGCAGGAAGAUAUUUUGGCUGCCGUAAUGAUGAUGAACAUCGUCCGACAGACAGCUGCUUCAACAAAAGGAACUUGAAACCACCGAACCCUUGCAGCUUCCUCAUGAACACAACCUGGUCAGUUCUAGUGUUAUCUCACACUACAAUCAUGACAAUGGUAUGAUGUUCAUGGACUCUUCAUGAGGAACUGGGAUGUGGCCAAUGAGACUGGAAAGUGUUUGGCUGAUGCAGAUUUUGAAGAUGCCAACAUGAUCUGUGAACAUCUUCAGAUACCCCUUCACCAGGUCAACUUUGUCAAGGAAUACUGGAAUGGAGUAUUUAGUGAGUUGAUAAAAGGAUAUGAAAAUGGAACAACACCGAAUCCAGACAUCAUGUGUAACAAGGUGAUCAAAUUUGAUGCCUUCUUUAAACAUGCUUUUGAGAGACUUGGAGCCGAUGCCAUAGCAACUGGUCACUAUGCCCGUACUUCCUGUGGGUACGACCUAGAGACAGUUGAUCCAGUAAAAGGGGUGAAGCUGUUGACAGCUGCCGACAAUACCAAAGACCAAACAUUUUUUCUGUCACAAAUCUCCCAGAAUGCAUUGCAGAGGUCUUUGUUUCCCAUAGGAGAUCUCACUAAAGACUUUGUCAAGAAAAUAGCCUCUAAUGCAGGUUUAGAGAAAAUUGCAAAGAAAAAGGAGAGUAUGGGUAUUUGUUUUAUUGGUACCAGGAAUUUCCAGAACUUUAUCGAAGAGUAUAUAGAGCCGAAGAAGGGCAGGUUCCUUCACGUGGAAACAGGGAAGGUUAUGGGCUAUCAUAAAGGCACUCACUACUGGACUGUCGGACAGAGGGCCCAGAUAGCUGGACAGGACCUACCGUACUUCAUUGCCGAGCUUCACCCACGCACUCAAGAUGUUAUAGUUGCACCAGGAACCGACCACCCUUCCCUGUUCACCCAGACUCUCUUCACAGAACCCCCCCACUGGAUCAGGGGAACCCCACCAGAACUCAUCAGUGGUCACAUGUUCACAGCAGGGUUUCGCUUCCAGAGCGUGCACCCUAUCAUCCGAUGCACAGCCACCCUGUCUGGCUCCAACUGCCUCAUCAUCAGUAUUGAACUGCCACUGCGCGCCAUAACAGCCGGGCAGUAUGCUGUGUUCUACCGGGGAGACGAGUGUCUGGGAAGCGCCAGGAUCUUACGACCAGGACCGUCACUGUUUACUCUCAACUAUGGAAGUAGAGUCGAUGUACCCAAGGAGUUCAGAUAAUGUUGUGUAGGAACUUAAAGAAUCACCUCAUCCAAGUCAUCUUUGAAGGCACAUUGAGACAGUUUUGUUGAUGUGCUUUGUGAAAUCAAGAUUUAAUUUUUGAAAUGUGUAAUCAUUAAAAGUUAAGCUAUACAGCUAAAACAGCAGUAUCUUGGAUAAGUCAGGGAUAGACAUGGCACAAGUCCAUUAGUCUGAGACAAGUUAAAAUCCAGAAGGAUUAGUUGUUUUCUUCCCAAAUAUAGCUAUUAUACAUAAACCACUGGAGCAAAAUCACCUGCGAACUAGUUGGAUUUAUUCAAUGCUAUCUAGACCUGUAAAUAAGACAUGAAGACACAAAGACAUACGUGAAGGUUAUUUUGUUGAAAGUAUGUUGGGAGAGGACAGGGUGCUUAAAACUAACAGAUUAAUUAGUUUGUUUACUUCAAAUGUUGGAUGUCAAGGAGUCUGUUAUAGAAUGAUGUGAUGAUUAAGAGGCUCUCUCAGCUGUUUUAGAAGUUCGUGCUGUGUAUUUGCUUAAAAUACACACACCACCCCCUCCAACCGAUGCUGAGAGGUGACCAAAUGGAUCAGUGGUCAGACUCGUUGAGUGUGUAUCAUCGUACUCCGACGGUGUGGAUCAUUGCUCACAAUACCAAUCACUUGUUAGUCUGGUCCAGACCACUGUCAUAUAGCUGGAGUGCAGUAUCAAACAACAAACAAACAAACAAAAUUGUGGGGUUUUCUUUUGUUAUUUCCUUUAGUGUUUUGGGGGGGUGUCUAUUAGACAUCAAAAUUUUGAACUGUUGCCUGAUGUUGUCCUUAGCUACACCAUGUAUAUGACUGCUUUCCUAUUAGGCGGUCAACAUGGCUAGAUAAUACAAACGACUUGUCUCGGAUCUUUUGUAAGACACACAAACAUCACUUGUAAUGUGUUGUAUUAUUAUCAUCAGGUAAUAUUUUAUUCUAUAUUUGAUUGAGGAAAUAUGAGCUACAAUGUGAUAUAUAUAUUGAUAAGAACUUCUCAGAAAAUAAUUUUGGUAUUUACUUGAGAAUGAUAUAUGUGUUAUUUAUCAAGAAGGGGUCUCAUUUUGACUUACUUGAAAAUGAUAUAUGUGUUGUUUAUCAAGAAGGGGUGUCAUUUUGACUUACUUGAGAAUGAUAUAUGUGUUGUUUAUCAAGAAGGGGUCUCAUUUUGACUUACUUGAGAAUGAUAUAUGUGUUGUUUAUCAAAAAAGGGUCUCAUUUUGACUCAGUAGUGUAUGA